UCUGUGUGGUCUUUUGAAUUACGUCUAAACAAAGCUGCCAUACGAAGGAAGGUUUGCGGUUUUACAUAAUAAAUAUUUAUUCUACAUAAAGAAACUGCAAAUUUUCUUUCAGAUCUUAAAGCCAUCCGUUAUUGAGCUUGGAGUUUCAAUUUUGUUUUCUUGAUUACGUACGCAAAUGGCCUCCCAUCAGAUCUUCUUGUUUGGACUCCUCGCUCUUUCAUUCUCACUUGUAUUGGCAACUGAUAACAACCCUAUUUUUGAUUUUUGUGUGGCAGAUCCAAAAGCUCCUGUGACGGCAAGCGGCCCAAUCUGCAAGGAUCCAAAGCUGGUUACUGAAAAUGAUUUCUACUACACCGGACUUGACAAACCUGCAAACACAUCAAACCCUCAAGGCUCAAAGGUGACCCUCUUGAAUCCACAACUAAUUCCAGGGCUCAACUCUCUCGGCAUCUCUUUCGUCCGCAUCGACUACCAGCCUGGAGGCAUCAACCCUCUUCACUUUCACCCUCGUGGCUCCGAGAUCCUCACCGUCAUCAAGGGCACCCUGGAAGUUGGAUUCGUCACCUCAGGCCCCGAUUAUCGUUUCUUCAAAAAGGUUCUUAAGAAGGGUGAUGUGUUUGUUUUCCCGGCUGGCCUCGUCCAUUACCAGAAAAACCCUAUGAAUGUUCCUGCCGUUGCUUAUGCAUCUCUCAAUAGCCAAAACCCUGGCUCCAUUAUACUUGCCAACACUGUGUUCGGAUCUAAACCUGAGAUUGGCCCUGACAUUCUCGCCAAGGGCUUCCAGCUCGAUAAGAAUGUUAUUAUUGAGGGUCAACAGAAGUUCUAAAUCUGUUGCAUUCAACUUGGGUUUGUUUUUCUAGAAAUAUCUAAACUUUAUCUUGGCCUGCGGGUACUCAUAAUAUAUUAUCAUUAAUGUAUAUUUAAAUUAUAUUUAUGGCAGUUGUUAUCUCUUCAAUAACAAUUGCAGAGAUGUUUACAUAAAGUUUAGGUGAUAAUGAAACAAAUUGGAUCCUUACU